GCAACUUGCUACAAUGAAGUUAGAGAAGCAGUUGACAAAAAUAGAUGGUGGGAAGAGAUAGAUGGAAUAAUGUCGAGGGUAACAAUGGAUAAUAAGGAGGAAUUUAUUGGAGUUGCAGCCUCUUAUCUGACCACACUCAGAUGCAGCUCAAUGAUCACUGAUUUGAAGAAGGGGCUGGAAACAUAUGAUGUACUAAAACUAGUCAUCAAGGAGAAUCUAAGAGAUCUGUUCGAGUACAAAAAGGUCAGAAUCAAUUCGUCUGACCUUUUGGCAUUACUGAAGCCAAGGUUCUCCCAUGAUCCAAGGAAGAAAGAGCACGAAGAAUUGGUGCUAGUCAAUUUUCAUCAUUUUGUUGAAUCAAUUCAAGACAAUGAACUGGAGACAGUCCUUAAAGAAGGAGAUGUUAUUCUUACAACGACAAUGAAUGAGUUCAUCAGAGAAUUAGAGCCAAAACAUAUCCUUGUUUUUGCAACAGGAUCAAGCAGAAUACCCACAACUGGGUUCCAUCCAAAACCUGCGGUGACAUUUCACCAUGACAAUACACAAUACUUUCCAUGUGCAGUGACUUGUUCAAAUGAGUUGCAGUUGUUUGUAAAUGCUGCAAAUACCAAUCUGUAUGUAUUUGCAAGUAACUUUUUGGUUGGGUUGAUGAAUGGAGGUACUUUCAGUAAAUGUUAAUGUAUAAACAGUGAUUGUUGCUCAGACCAUUGUAGAUUACUGUACAUUAAAUGUUAAGCUAAUAUAAACAAAACAAAUAUUAGCAUAAUGCUAUUUCUUGGCCACACAUUAGCUUUAACUUAAAAUAAAAUAAAAUGAAAAUAAUCCUAUUCAUUUUUUCAUCAUUAGCCACAAGUCAGAUAUGAAUCAAUCCAAAUGUUGUAGAAUUUUAAAAUUAUCAAUUACAGAAAUGAAUGGGAACUGUUGACUAAAAAAGUUAAUCUGUUCACUCACAUUUUUGAAAAAAACUUUCAAAAAUUAAUGAUACACUUGUAGAGAUUUAUUUUUUUCAUUUAAUGAACUUAGAUGACUUAGUGGCAAAACAAUUGCAAUAUAGCCAAAGUUGCUUCUUAUAAUUUUAUCUGAUGAUGAAAAGAAUUUGUACUUUUUUUGGUCAAUUUUGGAUGCAAGUAAUGCCCUGACCACAUUGAAGUUCUUUGUAUAUCAUUUUUAUUUAAAAGUAGAUAUUUAUCAUACAAAUCAUUUAUAUGAGUAGUAAUGGCCAAAUUUGAUAUGACGGUUGUUUUGUUGUUUUUUGCAAUAUUUUAUAUUUUGUUUUUGAUGCAUCACUUAUUUACAUCAUAAGCAUUGAUGUUUAUGGGAAGCCAUUCUUGUCAAAACUAUGUUUACGCCAUUUUUCCAAAAAUUUACACAAUGAGAAUUGAAAAUUGAAAAUUAUACACUGAGAUUAAAUAAACUGAAAAACACACACUGAGAAUUGAAAAUUACACACUAAGAUUUAUAUGCACACUACUAAUGAAUAUAAUAAGGAUGAAGUUUUCAUUUUCCAUUUGCGAUAUAAAUUUGUGAUUCCCAAACCAUCUUUUAGCUACGUAUUCUAGAAAUUUGUAUUCACCGCCAUCUUGGUCAGUAUCAAUGUUGUAUUCCAUCUCUUGCAACCACUCUGGCAUAUCCACUGUUGACAGCUUUACAUUCCAGUAUCUCUUCAAAACAGACCUUGCCUUAUCAUAGAAACUUUUUGGCUUCAUAAUGAUUUUCUCCUUGUCAUUGAUUACAUACUCUAUAAGUACAUUUGUCCCAGGAAGGACAAUGCCAUGUUCUCCACAUGUCACAAAAUCCACAUUUUUAUUUUUUUUUAAAUCUCAGUGACUAAAUUCUUUGAAUAAUGGCUUAAACAUAGUUUCAACAUAGUUUUGACGAGAAUGGCUUGGCAUAGAGGUUUAAGUAGUUCAUUCUAGUCAUGUUUGAUGUUAGUAGAAUUAAGUUUACAAGCAUUUUUUUCAAUAUAAAUACUCAAUUUGUUUUACGUGUGUACAUAUAUUUCUUAUCGUUGUGCACCUUACAUGUUUUUCUAUUGCCUUUACUGUGCGUGGUGAUAUAUUAUUUUUAUAAGACAGCAACAAAAUGUGUGGUUUUAUUAUUGUAUAGGUGUGUUCGUCGUACUAGACAAAUGUUCCUGAAAUUUUUAACAUAAUGGUCCUUGCCACUAAAUGAAGCAUGACAUUUGAAACUGAGAUGGUAACCCCACUUGUUUCAAAAGAAGAGGGCCAAAGGGGCCAAUAAGGGUGUGUUCUUAUUUCAAUGUGGAUCAUUUAUUUUGAUACUGAUUUUGAUGAUAUUUUUGGUCAGGUUGGACAAAGUUCAAAACCUGUUUAUCGAUGGGCGGGGAAAAGUAGGUACAUAAAUUGUGUAAUCAAUUCUCCUACAGUUUUCAUCCCAGACCCCUGAAACUUCACAGGAAGAUUGUCAGAUGUUAGCUCAAGUUUUUCUUCUUUUAUAGAUUCAUAAUGAAAUAGACUGCCUGUGAUUUUCCAAACAAAUUUGAUUGACCUAUAAAGGGGGCUAAAAGGACUGAUGUCCAAACUAUUUACAACGUCCUACAUGUAUUUGAAACUACAUGUGUUCUAUCAUUUACAUCAAGACUUGCUGUGUUUUUAUUAAGCUGCCGCUACAUAUAGCCCUACAUAUGCCUUUCCUGUGCAAUUCCUAUUUGUUAAGGUCAAUUAACUUAUAUAGUUUUAGUGCUAUACUAUUUUAGUGACGAAUGACAAAUUCCAGAUCUUGUUUGAUAUUAAGUCUUCAUGUUGACUUUAAAAACAUAAAGACUUUUUUUUAUGAAGUAUUUGUUUAUAUAUAAUAUAUAUAUAUUUGUUUUGUCAAAUAUUAUUUUUACAACUUUAUGUUCAAGUAUUCUAGUCUUGUUUAAUCUUAUAUUUGUUUUGUCAAAUAUUAUUUUUACAACUUUAUGUUCAAGUAUUCUAGUCUUGUUUAAUCUUAUAUUUGUUUUGUCAAAUAUUAUUUUUACAACUUUAUGGUCAAGUAUUCUAGUCUUGUUUAAUCUUAUAUUUGUUUUGUCAAAUAUUAUUUUUACAACUUUAUGGUCAAGUAUUCUAGUCUUGUUUAAUCUUAUAUUUGUUUUGUCAAAUAUUAUUUUUACAACUUUAUGGUCAAGUAUUCUAGUCUUGUUUAAUCUUAUAUUUGUUUUGUCAAAUAUUAUUUUUACAACUUUAUGUUCAAGUAUUGUAGUCUUGUUUAAUCUUAUAUUUGUUUUGUCAAAUAUUAUUUUUACAACUUUAUGUUCAAGUAUUCUAGUCUUGUUUAAUCUUAGUAAAAUUUAGUUUGCAGAUCUUAUUUAAGAUCUCAGGUGAGCUUUUACCGUCACUUGGUGUCUGUCGUCUAGAAUAUGUCAGUUAAUUUUUUUUAAAUUUUAAUCUUCAGAACCACUCUGCCAAAUUCAACUUAAUUUUGCUGAACAUUCCUUGGAUUGUCCUCUCUGAUUCGUGUUUUUGAUGUGGUCCAAAAUUAAAUAUGGCCCAGUAAGUUGGAGGGGAUGUUGAAAAAGGGCAAUUUUAAAUUUUCUUCAUAGUUCAAUUUUAUAGCUAUUUUCUAUGUAACCAGUGAAGAUUCAAGGUUCAGCACAACUACUUGGGUGAUGCUCUGUAAUUUUUUUUAAAAUGUAGGUCAAUGUGACCUACACAUUAAAUAAAGUGUUAAUGGUCAAUAUAAACAGGUAGGGAGUUAUAAAAAUAUGUACAUAUGUUUUAAUGUGAAAAUGAAAAUAGACAAUUCAAUCAAAAGAGAUGCUGUCUAUCAGAUCAAACUAUUUCCAUAUAAUUUGUGUUCUUUAUGUAUUGGUAUCCAGUUUAUUUUUUGAAAUUAAAAACUUGCUUUUUAUGCACAAAAAAGUGUUUA